UGUUUCCCAGGCUGGAUAAUGGGGUUGAGAAGGUUUCAGUGGGAAUGGAUUAUUAGGGGUUGAAGGGAGGGAGUUUGUGAGGCGAAGCAAAAAGGCAGAGAACAGUAUUUGAUAUAAUUAUUGCCUCCAUCUCUCCCUUAGUGAGACUAAAGCUGUAUUUCAUGUAUUUCAUGUAUGUGCGACUUGCAGUAAAGUGAAAUACACGUCUGAGUCCAGUUAUACAGAAUGCUCGGGCCCUGGGGCUCUCCGGAUAACGGAUCUUUCUGUUGCCGCCAGGUAACAAGAUGCGGACAGCGAUGAUGACGGGCGCUAGUCUGGCCCUCACGGCUUCCGUGGUGGCCCACGCUUAUUACUUGAAAAACCAGUUCUACCCCACUGUGGUGUACCUGACCAAAUCCAGUCCCAGUAUGGCAAUCCUUUACAUUCAAGCAUUUGUUUUGGUUUUCCUCCUGGGAAAGUUUAUGGGCAAAGUUUUCUUUGGGCAACUCCGAGCUGCUGAGAUGGAGCAUCUUCUGGAACGUUCCUGGUACGCUGUGACGGAAACCUGCCUGGCGUUCACCGUGUUCCGCGAUGAUUUCAGUCCACGCUUUGUGGCUCUCUUUACCCUUUUGCUGUUCCUAAAGUGUUUUCACUGGCUUGCUGAGGACCGUGUUGAUUUUAUGGAACGCAGUCCAAAUAUUUCCUGGCUUUUCCACUUCCGUAUACUUGCUCUUAUGUUACUCUUGGGUGUACUCGAUGCUUUCUUUGUAUCACAUGCCUAUAACAGUCUUGUUACCAGAGGGGCAUCUGUGCAGCUUGUCUUUGGCUUUGAGUAUGCCAUACUCAUGACUAUGAUCCUCGCUGUGUUUAUAAAAUACAUCCUUCACUCUGUGGAUCUCCAAAGUGAAAAUCCGUGGGAUAACAAAGCCGUCUACAUGUUAUACACUGAACUCUUCACAGGUUUUAUAAAGGUUUUGCUGUACAUGGCUUUUAUGACCAUCAUGGUGAAAGUUCACACAUUCCCUCUCUUCGCAAUCCGGCCCAUGUACCUGGCAAUGAGGCAGUUUAAGAAAGCGGUGACAGAUGCUGUAAUGUCAAGAAGAGCAAUAAGAAAUAUGAACACUCUGUAUCCGGAUGCAACAGCAGAGGAGCUGCAAGCCAUGGACAACGUGUGUAUCAUCUGCAGAGAAGAGAUGGUUUCAGGAGCAAAGCGACUACCAUGCAAUCACAUAUUUCACACCAGCUGCUUGCGCUCUUGGUUCCAGAGACAGCAGACUUGUCCUACGUGUCGCAUGGAUGUGCUCAGAGCUUCUCUCCCAACUCAGCCCCAGACUCCUGCAGAGCAGCAGAAUCAACAUCAGCAUCAGGCUCAACAACAACCAACUCCUGUUGUCCCUCCUCAGCCCAACUUUCCUCCUGGAAUGCUCCCUCCGUUCCCUCCUGGGAUGUUUCCUCUAUGGCCUCCUAUGGGUCAAUUCCCACCUGUUCCUGGUGCCCCCGUUGGCAAUCCCCCCGAUGAAGCUAACCCUGGAUCAUCCUCUGGUUCUUCAGCAAGAGCCGGAGAAACAUCUAAUGUUGGUUCAGAGUCACAUCCAGGUGCAGCUCUGCCAGGAUUUCCUUUCCCACCUCCAUUUUUAGGAAUGUCAAUUCUGCCUCCAUUUGGUCUUCCACCUAUGCCUAUGCCCCCGGCUGGUUUCGCUGGUCUGACGGAUGAAGAGUUGAGAGCAAUGGAAGGACAUGAGAGACAAAACCUGGAAGCCCGAUUGCAGUGUCUCCAGAAUAUCCAUACUCUGCUUGAUGCAGCAAUGCUACAAAUAAACCAGUAUCUAACAGUACUGGCCAGCAUAGGUCCCCCUCAACCGCCUGUUUCCUCUUCAUCUUCAUCAUCUGCAUCAGCUUCUACAGAGCCCACUACCUCCAGUGUUUCAGAGCCAGUUAUAGACACCAGCUCCAUUGUGACCACAGAUUCCUCCCAGCAAUCAGCUUCUCCAGUUCCAGUAAAUGUGGAGACUCUCGGUGGAGCGGAGGGAGGGGAGACCCCAACAGAAGAGCCGGACAAUGUAGAACUAAGAAGACGCCGACUUCAGAAACUGGAAACAACAGAUUCUCAAUAAAAGACUUAACCCUCCUCGACAUUUCCAAAGUCUCGUCUCUGACACUGAGCGACCAGGGAAUUUCUGCUUUCUGAAAAGCUACGUUUUGCUUCGCGCGGACUCAGCAGCCAUCUUUGGCAAACUUUGAGAUGAACUUCGUUAAAUAUACAUAUUUUUUACGACUACACAAGGGUUCUUAUGGCAGAUGCUCAGUGAUGAAAGGACUACUGGCCUCAAUAUCCCACGGGGGACUCGUUUCAGUAAAAUUAAAGAAUACGCUUAUUUUAA